AUGACGAGCCGCCCUCCCAUCUAUCUAUCUAUCUAUCUAUCUAUCCCAAAUUCAAUCUGUCCAUUAUCUAUCUAUCUAUCUAUCUAUCUAUCUAUCUAUCUAUCUAUCUAUCUAUCUAUCUAUCUAUCUAUUGCAGUCUGUUCAUUAUCUAUCUAUCUAUCUAUCUAUCUAUCUAUCUAUCUAUCUAUCUAUCUAUCUAUUGCAGUCUGUUCAUUAUCUAUCUAUCUAUCUAUCUAUCUAUCUAUCUAUCUAUCUAUCUAUCUAUCUAUCGCAGUCUGUUCAUUAUCUAUUUAUCUACCUACGCCUUUCUUUUUUUAUCCUAUUUAUUCCACCUACGUCGUAGCUUCUUCUUCUUCUUCUUCUUCUUCUUCUUCUUCUUCUUCUUCUUCUUCUUUUCUUCUUCUUCUUCUUCUUCUUUUUUUUCAUCCUCUUUCCUUUCCGAACAUCUUCUCCUUCGUCUUUGUUUUUCUGCUUAAUCUUCAUUUUCGCUUUCUUCUUUGCCAUAUCCUGGACAUUUUCUCUUCAAUUUCCUCUUCACUUUCCUCUUCCUCUUCGCUUACACCUUCCUCUGCAUCUCCCUUUUUUGUCUUUUGUAAUUUCCUUCUUCAUCUUUCUUCUUUGUCUUCUCCGUCAUUUUUUCGUCGUUUCACCUCUUCAUUUUCCUUUCUUCAUUUUGCUUCUUCACCUUCCUCUUUUCUUCAAUUUCCUUUCUCUCUUCGUCUUCUUCUUCUCGCGAUCCUCUUCAUUUUCCUCUUCAUUUUCUUCUUCACCUUCCUCUUCGUCUUCUCUUCUUCUUCACUUUCCUCUCCGUUUUCCUCUUCACUUUCCUCUCCGUUUUCCUCUUCACUUUCCUCAUCGUUUUCCCCUUCGUCUUCCUGUUCACUUUCCACAUCGUUUCCUCUUCGUCGGCCUCUUCACUUUCCUCUUCGUUUUCAUCUUCGUCUUACUCUUCACUUUCCUCUUCACUUUACGCUUCGUUUUCCUCUCCGUUUUCCGAUUCACUUUCCUCUUCUUUUUCCUCUUCACUUUCCUCUCCGUUUUCCUCUUCGUCGUCCUCUUCACUUCCGUCUCCGUGUUCCUCUUCGUCGUCCUCUUCACUUUCCUCUCCGUUUUCCUCUUCACUUUCCUCUUCGUUUUCCCCUUCGUCUUUCUCUUCACUUUCCUCUCCGAUUUAUUAUUCACUUUCCUCUUCGUUUUCCGCUUCACUUUCCUCUUCGUUUUCCCCUUCGUCUUCUUCACUUUCCUCUUCGUCUUCCUCUUCACUUUCCUCUUCAUUUUCCUCUUCGUCAUCAUCUUCACUUUCCUCUUCGUGUUCUUCUUCACCUUCCUCUUCGUCUUCCUGUUCAUUUUCCACUUCGUUUCCUCUUCAUUUUCUACUCCGUUUUCCUCUUCACUUUACUCAUCCUUUUCCUCUUCGUUUUCUUCUUCACUUUCCUCUUCGUUUUCCUCUUCAUUUUACGCUCUGUUUUCCUCUUCGUUUUCCUCUUCACUGUCCUCUUCGUUUUCCUCUUCACUUUCCUCUUCGUUUUCCUCUUUGUCUUACACUUCGUCUUCCUCUUCGUUCUCCUCUUUGUCUUCCUCUUCACUUUCCUCUCCGUCUUCCUCUUCGUCGUCCUCUUCACUUUCCUCUCCGUUUUCGUCUUCAUUUCCUCUGCGUUUUCCUCUUCACUUUACUCUUCGUUAUCCUCUUCGUCUUCCUCUUCCCUUUCCUCUUCUUUUUCGUCAUCACUUUCUUAUCCGUUCCCCUCUUCGUCGUCCUAUCCACUUUCCUCUCCGUUUUCCUCUUCACUUUCCUCUCCGUUUUCCUCUUCACUUUCCUCUUCAUAUUCCCCUUCGUCUUCCUCUUCACUUUCCUCUCUGAUUUCCUCUUCAUUUCCUCUUCGUUUUCCUCUUCAUUUUCCUCUUCGUUUUCCUCUUCGUCUUCUUCUUCACUUUCCUCUUCGUUUUCCUCUUCGUCUUACUUUUCACUUUCCUCUUCGUUUUCCUCUUCGUUUUCCUCUUUACUUUCCACUUCGUCUUCUUCUUCACUUGCUUCUUCGUCUUCCUCUUCACUUUCUUCUUCGAUUUCCUCUUCGUUUUCCGCUUGACAUUCUCCUUCGUUUUCCUCUUCACCUUCCUCUUCGUCUUCCUUUCCACUUUCCUCUUCGUUUUCCUCUUCGUCUUCUUCUUCACUUUCCUCUACGUUUUCGUCUUCACUUUCCUCACCGUUUUCCUCUUCACUUUCCUCUUCAUUUUCCUCUUCGUCUUCAUCUUCACUUUCCUCUUCGUGUUCUUCUUCACCUUCCUCUUCGUCUUCCUGUUCACUUCCACUUCGUUUCCUCUUCAUUUUCCACUCCGUUUUCCUCUUCACUUUACUCAUCGUUUUCCUCUUCGUCUUCUUCUUCACUUUCCUCUUCGUUUUCCUCUUCACUUUACGCUUCGUUUUCCUCUUCGUUUUCCUCUUCACUGUCCUCUUCGUUUUCCUGUCCUCUUCGUUUUUUCCUCUUUUUCCUCUUCACUUUACUCUUCAUUUUCCUCUUCACUGUCCUCUUCGUUUUCCUCUUCACUUUACGCUUCGUUUUCCUCUUCGUUUUCCUCUUCACUGUCCUCUUCGUUUUCCUCUUCACUGUCCUCUUCGUUUUCCUCUUCACUUUCCUCUUCGUUUUCCCCUUCGUCUUCCUCUUCGUUCUCCUAUUCGUCUUACUCUUCACUUUCCUCCUCGUUUUCCUCUUCACUUUACUCUUCGUUUUCCUCUUCACUGUCCUCUUCGUUUUCCUCUUCACUUUCCUCUUCGUUUUCCUCUUUGUCUUAAAUUUCGUCUUCCUCUUCCUUCUCCUCUUUGUCUUACUCUUCACUUUCCUCUCCGUUUUCCUCUUCGUUUACCUCUUUACUUUCCUCUCCGUUUUCCUCUUCGUCGUCCUCUUCACUUUCCUCUCCGUUUUCGUCAUCACUUUCCUAUCCGUUUUCCUCUUCGUCGUCCUAUUCACUUUCUCUCCAUUUUCAUCUUUCACUUUCCUCUUUUUCCUCUUCACUUUCCUCUUCAUCUUCCUCUUCUUUUUCCUCUUCUUUUUCGUCUUCCUUUCCACUUUCCUCAUCGUUUUCCUCUUCGUCUUCUUCUUCACUUUCCUUUCCAUUUUCCUCUUCAUCUUUUUUCCUCUUCCUUUUUCCUCUUCACUUUCCUCUUCGUUUUACUCUUCGUUUUCCUCUUCACUGUCCUCUUCGUUUUCCUCUUCACUUUCCUCUUCGCUUUCCUCUUCGUCUUCCUCUUCACUUUCUUCUUCGUUUUCCUCUUCACUGUCCUCUUCGUUUUCUUCUUAA